GCUAGAAUUUCAUUUUUCAACGGUACAAAGAGUGCUGAGCAUCGGAGCUGCUUCGAAUUCAUAAAGUAAAUUGCGAGUUUUGUUUUAAAACAAAAAAAUGAGUGAAUUGUUGUUGUCACCGCCUUCUACGCCGGAAAUGAUUAAAAUAACUGAAGUUUUUGAGGAAAACAUGAAAAGGAAAAGAGAAAUCUCUUCGCCUUUUAGUCAUCAUCACCAGCCUUUAACCCCUCAACCUUCAGAUUCAGAAGCUGAGGAUUACCACGAUUAUCCAUUGAAGAAAAGGAUUUGUAAAUAUGAAAUUGGAAAAAGCUUUGAGAAGCCUAUGACGCCUCCUCCGGAAAUUGAAGCUGAAGAUAUUGUUCAAGAUCCGCAACGUUCUUUAACUUCAUCAGUGAAUCAUAAUAAUAUUAAUAAUAAUAAUAAUAACAACAACAUGAGGACGUUUUCAGUGAUAAUGAAAGCGAAUAAAGAUGGGUCGUGUUCUCCAAUACCACAAAACACAAUAAAUUUAGUGAAAACAUUAAAAUUUAAAAUGGAUAAACCACAAAUUUCAUCUCAAUCCUUUCAAAUUCCUCAACUCCCCCUCUCAAAUGAGCCCCCUCAAAAAAUAACCCAAGAAAGCACUCUCCAACCAAAUCCAAAAUUCUUAGUGAACCAAUUAAAACCGAAUCUCCAACCUUUAGCACCAAAACUCCUUACAAAUCAACCACCACGAACGGUUUUCCUCUCACAAGAUGGUCAAAUAAUCCCUGCUCAACUCGUACUUUUAACCCAACCGACUCAAAUCUUACCGCAAAGUACUCAAAUUUUAACUCAAAAUCAAACGGCACAAACGCGAAGGAGAGUUUAUGAGUGUAAAUUUGAAGGGUGUGGUAAAAAUUAUUUUAAAUCGUCGCAUCUGAAAGCUCAUAAUAGGACUCAUACCGGUGAGAAACCGUUUGUGUGUCAAUGGGAUCAAUGCGGAAGGAGAUUUUCAAGGUCGGAUGAGUUAUCGAGACAUAAAAGAACUCACACUGGGGAGAAAAAGUUUGAGUGCACUCAUUGUCAAAGGAAGUUCAUGCGAUCUGAUCAUCUCGCGAAACAUGUUAAGAGACAUACGAAAUCGUCGAGGCCCGUCGUUCAACAACAACAAAGAUGUUUUGUUUCGAUGUUGAGGCCUUUACAACCUGCACCGAUUGAAAGUUGAAGAAAGUUAAAAUAAGUUAAACAAUUCAAACAAAAAGGAUCUGGAAAAAGACUUUUAAUAAAUUUUUUUAUGAUUACAAAUAAUUAAAAAAAAAAUUGAAUGACUGAUGACAUUCCGCUUUAAAACCAAGAGUAUUAUCUGUGA